UCUCUCCCCUUUCCCUUCUUCCUCCCGUUUCCCAUUCGUUCUAGGGUUUUUUGUUUUUAUAAAAUUAUAAUUCCACUGUGUCGAUUAAAAGAUUUAUAUCUCUUUUAUUAUUUUCCCUAAUUAUUAUUAUUCUUAUUUGUUGUUGAUGGCGGGCUUAGACUUGGGUUCUGCUUCCCACUUCGUCCACCAGCUGCAGCACCGCCCCGUGGAUCUCCACCUCCGGAGGCCGCCGGACGGAGGCGACGACGGCUCCGACCAGUUCCACGGCGGCGAUAAUGAAGAGCACAUGAGCAACUCCCAGCAACCAAACUCCGGCGGAGAAAUCGUGGGGCGGCGGCCGAGGGGCCGCCCGCCCGGUUCGAAAAACAAGCAGAAACCGCCGGUGAUCAUCACCAGAGAAAGCGCCAACACGUUGCGGGCCCACAUCUUGGAAGUCAACUCCGGCUGCGAUAUCUUUGACUCCGUCGCCACGUACGCCCGUAAGCGCCAGCGGGGGAUCUGUGUUUUGAGCGGCUCCGGCGCCGUCACCAACGUCACCCUCCGCCAACCCGCCUCCGCCGGAGCUGUCCUCACCCUCCAUGGCAGGUAUGAGAUAUUGUCCUUGUCGGGGUCGUUCUUACCGCCGCCGGCUCCGCCGGGCGCCACGAGUUUGACAAUCUUUCUGGCCGGAGGGCAAGGGCAGAUCGUCGGAGGGAAUGUCGUCGGCUCUUUGAUUGCUUCCGGACCGGUGAUCGUCAUCGCUUCAUCGUUCACCAACGUCGCCUACGAGAGGCUGCCGUUGGACGAGGAAGAGCCGUCCAACGGCGGAGGUGGCUGCGGAGGGAGCCUCAGCAACCCAUUUCCCGACCCGUCGGCCGCCGGUUUGCCGUUCUUCAAUCUGCCGAUGAAUAUGACGGCAAAUCAAAGUCAGCUGCCGGUGGACGGAUGGGGAGAAGGAAACUCCGGCGGGAGAGCAUCUUAUUGAGCUUCAAGAUUGGAAAAAGAGAAAAAAAAAAAGGUUAGAGAAAUUAAUAAUAAUUGUUUAGAUUAGUCAUAAUUUAAUUGUCUUCAAACUUUGGUACAAAAAACCCAACUUUUUCUUCUUCUUCUUCUUCUUCUUCUUCUUUUUUUUCUUUUUAAUGUUUGUAACUUUUAUUUAUUUUAUGAUUCCUAAGAGUGCUUUUGA